UCCUAUGUAUCACCCGAAAUUUCAAGAUCUCGAUCCGAUAUCCCCCAAUUACGGUAGACCUGCAGCAACUCCGAAACGGGAAGGGCAUUGUAACGCAACGGCUUGUUAUUAUAAACCUUGAUGGAUGGUGGUUGAUCGUUCAUCCAUGAGCACGGGCCUUGGAGUGCGAGAAAGGGCGCCAAAAAGGAAGCGAUGCUCACGCGGUGCUGCUUCUCAACUCCUCCUCCGGCCAUCUCCUUCGCCUCCUCCGUACAUGAGUGGCUGCCAUCUCGUCGCCGUCGUAUUCUUCUCCUCCCUCGACCUCUUUCUUCCGCGAAUAACCUCCUUUUCUCUCCCCAUCCAAGCGACAACGAUGGCGAGGGAUGGGCCGUGAGCCGCGUGGCCACCUCGAGAAGAGAGAGAACACCAGGGGAGGACGAAGAGGAGGAUGAGGAGGGAGAAGGGAAGGAGGGUUAUUCGGGGAGAGCGAAGGGGUCUGGGACGACGGCGAGGGGGAGGAGAUUGCUCAAGGUCAGGGAGGAGAAGCGGAAGCGGGAGUACGAUCGCCUUCACAAUUAUCCCACCUGGGCCAAGAUAUUAGAAAAUGCAUGCAAAGAUGAUGAGGAACUUCGUGCGGUCCUUGGGGAUAGCAUUGGGAACCCAGAUCUGAUGAGGAAAAGGGUUGAGGAAAGGGUCCAGAAGAAAGGUAGAGACUUUCGCAAGUCCAGAACAGGAUCAGUUCUUGCCUUCAAAGUCAGCUUUAGAGACUUUAAUCCACUAGAUUCCUACAUAUGGUUUGAACUUUAUGGUGCUCCAUCAGAUCGUGAUGUUGACCUUCUUGGUAGUGUCAUUCAAUCAUGGUAUGUCAUGGGACGCUUGGGUGCUUUUAACUCUUCAAAUCUGCAGUUGGCAAACUCAUCAAUGGAUUACAAUCCUUUGUAUGAUUUCGAUAAAGCUGCUAGAGUUAUGCCUUCAUCUUUCCAUGAUAUUGGCGAUGUUGAGUUUCAAGACAACUGGGGCAGGGUUUGGGUGGACCUUGGAACAUCGGAUUUUUUUGCUGUGGAUGUAUUGCUAAAUUGCUUCACUGUCCUGAGCUCAGAAUACUUGGGCAUUCAACAGGUGGUUUUUGGUGGAAGAUGCAUGGGUGACUGGGAAGAAGGCAUGACAAGCUCCGAGUAUGGAUACAAGCACUUCAAGAUCUGAGAUAACAUGUGAUUCUGGUUUCCAACAUGAGCCAAGUCAUCAAAGCUACGUACAGAUAUAGAAAGGACUACAGAAGCCUGAAAGAAGAGUGAUAUCAAACAAUGCUAUAUAGGAUUGGUGGGAGCUGUUUCCUACUGCUGCAUUUUCAAUGAGGUGCAAAGAGGGGCUGUUUCCUAGCACAUCCAUUUUCAGUUAUUAGCAAAGAGGAGCUAAUCCUCUAAUUGGCAGGCCAUUAUGAAGCUUCACUUUGCAAGAAGAAAACCAACCAUAUCCCAAAAUGAUGAACUGGGAUGGGCAAAUCAAGUGUUGUGCCAUUAGGGAGUAACACGAGUGCUACUACAUUGCUUGGUACAGCUAAGAAUCUGCAUUUGAUUAAGUACUAGAGUAUUUUGUUGUUUAGAGACGAAUUUAAGUGAAUUACUACUACUGGUAGCAUCUCAUAGAGUUGUUAAUUCGCCAUUCUCAUAAAGAAAUUAAACCAUCCAACAUCACUUGCUGUUGUAAUUUAAACGUCCAGACCUUUAGCAGAGAAACUAGUAAAUUCUUUUUAACA